AUGAGCGAAAAAAAUAAAGAAAUUUUACCGGAUUGGAUAAACGGUUGUUUUAUAGAAAAUUCACUUAAAAAAAGCUGGAAAUUCGAAAAAUCCUUUUCAAAAAUAAUCAAUUACGACGCAACAACGGCGGCUCCUUUCGGAGAACAUUGCGGAAACGAAAUAAAAGAAACGUCAAUCAUAGUUAAAAUCAUACCGGAAGGACAAAUAGGAGAUUUUUUACGAAGCGUUCCGGUUUUCGAAACGGAAGGAAAAACUCUUAGAAAAGUACUUCCGGUCGUUUACGAAUUUUUAAAAAAAGGGUACCCGAACGAGGAAAAACAUUGGCCCGAUUGUUAUUAUGAUCAAGGACCGCCGAAAAAUAUCAUAAUAAUGGAGGAUUUGAAAUUAAAAGAAUUUAAAAUGGCGGACAGAUUCGAGGGUUUAGAUUACGAACAUUCAAGUCUCGUUGUGGAAUGUUUGGCUAAAUUACACGGGACAUCGAUCGUAAUGUUGAUGGAUGAAAAAAAUUUCAAAGAGAAUUUUGAAAAUUACACGUAUGUUUUUUGGAGAGAAAAAAAUAAAGAAAUAUGUAAAACGUUAUUCGAUGAUACGAUAAAAUUUUUGGGAGAAGACAUGAAAACGUGGCCCGAAUUUGAUAAAAAACAAUAUUAUAUCGAAAAAUUAACAAAAUUGGAUAUUUUAGGGAAAACUUUGGCUGCGUGGAAAAACGUUGAUAAUAACGAAUUAAAAUCACUCAUCCAUGGAGAUUGCUGGAUAAAUAAUAUCAUGUUUAAAUACGACGAUACGUCUGGAAAAAAACCAACACAAAUGAAAUUUUUGGAUUUUCAAUUGACAACAAUUCAUUCUCCAAUUAUGGAUUUAAUUCAUUUUAUAUUCACGAGUACGAAACACGAUUCAAAAUUGUUAAUGAUGGACGAUCUGUUGGAAAAAUAUCACGUUACUCUCUUGGAAACAUUUAAAAAAUUACAUCCUGAUGGUGGGGAUGCUGCGGUUCAUCUGAAAAAUUUUUAUCAUAUCAAAGAUUUGAAAGAAAAAUUCAAAGAGAAACUAUUUUGGGGUUUUGCUGUUUUGUGUUCAUUCGUACCCUUUAUGUUUACACCCGCAGAUGAAAUUCUUUCUCCCGAUGAAUUCUUAUACGGAACCGACAAUCGAGAAUACAAGAAAAAAAUUUUCUCGAACGGAAAAGUCAGAAAAAUGAUCGUUGAAAAUUUACAUUAUUUUCAUAAUAAUGACGUCAUUUAA